AUGAAAUUAAAGGCAGUGAAGCAAGCAUUGCGGAGGUGGAAUAAGGAGGUUGUUGGAAAUGUUUUUGACCGCAUCAGGGAAGAUGAAGAGAAGGUCAUGACAGUGGAAUGCUCCUUGGGGGAGAGGCCAACGGAGGAGGGGCAGCAUCAAUUUAUCCAGGCACAGGGUGAACUCAAGGCAUCUCUUCUACAGGAGGCCAACUAUUGGCGUCAGAAAGCAUGUAUUCGGUGGCUUAAGGAAGGUGAUGCCAAUUCUAAGCUUUUCCAUGCACAGGUAAAGCAGAUGAGGGCUCGUACUUAUAUGCAUAGAAUGAAGGACAGGAACGGGGUUUGGAUUGACGAGUCCGCUAAGAUUGAAGAAAUGACAAUUGAGUACUUCGCUGAUAUUUUACUGCAGUCUGGACAGGUGCAGGUGGAUCAUUCGUUGUUAGGAGUUAUCCCUUGGGUUAUAUCUGAGCAAGAUAACAUGGAACUUCAACAGUUUCCCACGGAGGAGGAGGUCAAAAUAGUGGUUUUCCAAAUGAAUGGUGACAGUAGUUUGGGCCCGGAUGGAUUUAAAGGGUCUUUCUUCACUUCAUGUUGGGAUAUAGUAAAGGGUGAUGUUUAUCGGGCAGUUUGUGAUUUUUUUGCUGGAGCGGAGCUACCCUAG